AUUUUUGAUUAUUGAUUGUGACCACUAAUAUGAUGCGUAAAAUGUCAACAAAGGGCAUUUUAUACGUAUAUAUACAGCCAUCCUAUUACACCUCAUAACUCCAGACGUAGUCAAGCUGAUAGGUUGUGCACUGUCUAUGACUGUGCUUUAAAAGUGCUGUUACCAGUUUAGUAUUUGAGAAACAUGGACAUCUUGGAUUUCAGCUCGCUUCUCACCUUUAACACUGUGACAGUGGCCAUUGUUGUAGUACUGUUAAUCCUGUUGGUCAGCCAGUUACUACAAUGGCCGGCCAAUCUUCCACCUGGUCCAACAGGCUACCCUGUUGUAGGAUGCAUACCUUUGCUUCGAAACAGAAAUAUACUUGAGGUGUUUCGAAAAUUUCGAGCACAAUAUGGCGACGUAUUUAGUUUGAAGAUUGGACCAAACCUCACUGUGGUCAUCAACGGAACCGAUGCAUUAAAGGAAGCUUUUGUUAAACGUGGGGAUGAAUUUUCUGACCGACCAGGUGGAUUUCUAUCAAAAAAUAUAUUUAAAAACAGAGGUAUUGGUGGAACUUCUGGUGAACACUGGAAACAUACCAGGACCUUUUCGUUGUCAACGUUACGGAAUUUAGGAUUCGGAAGAAGAUCGUUGGAAUCAAGGGUCCAAGAGGAAAUAGCUGCUUAUCUGGACGUUAUUGAGAAACAAAACGGGAAACCCUACGACAUGAAGGAGAUGACAGUGUUAGCAAUAUCUAAUAUCAUAUGUAGUAUUACUUUCGGAAAUAGAUUUGAGUACACUGAUGCAAAGUUCAAGCGACUUACAUCGCUUAUUGCUGAGAACUUCCGGUUAAAUUCGGUCGGAAGUGCUGUAAGAUCUUUUCCAUGGGUAAUAUAUCUUCCUGGAGAUUUCUUCAACGUUAAGAAAUUGGUUCAAAACUUCACCGAUAUCAAAGAUUUUGUCGCUGAACAAAUAGAUGAACAUCGAAACACAAUUGGAGAAGAUUGUCAGCGCGAUUUCAUUGAUGCUUUUCUGAUACAACAAAAGAAACAUGGCGAGGGAGAUCCGAUAUAUGAUGAUAUGAAUGUGACAGCUUCCGUGAUGAACCUGUUUAUUGCUGGGACUGACACAACAGCUACCUCGAUUCGCUGGGCGAUACUUUACCUCAUUCUUAACAAACCGAUCCAGGACAAACUCCGAAAGGAGAUAGUGAGAGUGGUCGGAACUUCCAGACUUCCAUCACUUGCCGACAAACCCGAGAUGCCUUACUUCGAAGCCUUCAUAACAGAGGUUCUCCGUAUGGGCGACAUCGCCCCCCUCUCUGUGCCUCACGGAGCAAAGAAAGAUAUCCGGUUCCGGGGCAUGGUUAUCCCUAAAGGAUCAACUCUUAUACCAAAUCUUGAUUCCGUUAUGACGGAUCCGGAAUUGUUUGAGAAUCCUGAUAAGUUUCAACCCGAGAGAUUUCUAGGAAAAGACGGAAAACUCAAUGGCAAGGAAAGGGAUGUGUUGGCAUUUUCGUUAGGGCGACGAGUUUGCCUUGGGGAAUCCUUGGCAAGGAUGGAACUAUUUCUGUUCAUGACGUCGUUAGUCCAGAGAUUUGAGUUUCUCCCGGAGAGCACAGACAAGCUUCUGUCUUUCGACGCGACGUUGGGAGUGACACGAGCUUCAAAAGACUACAGCUGUCGUGCUGUCAAACUUGUAUAAAUAAAAAUCAGAAAAAGAAUGCCAAAAUCCACCGGACUUUGUGGUAUUAUAUCUCAGUGGUAAAUAUUUGUUAUACCUUUAUCUAAAUGCAUCAAAUCAAAUAAAUUGUAUAAUAUAGACAUCUAACAUAUAAGUUUUGUGAUUAUAUAAUGGAUGUUUUUGUUUGUGUCAUUGUUUAUCUGUUAUUUUCGAUUUUUAAUGUUAACUGAUAUAUGCUGUAAUUUAAUUCAUUUUGACUCUUCCAUUCUACAGUAUUUAUGUUGUAUUAAAUGUCAUAAUAUCCUUUCUACAAAUCUUGGAGAUUGCGGGUGGUAGACAUUUGUUUGGCGUAACGUGCAAACCACGUUUUAAUUCAUUUGAAUAUGUUUUGAAUAAAUACUCAUUGAAAUAAAGUUUUUAAAACGAAGAAGAAAUUGAAAUAUGGGGUAGUUUGUAGAAAUAGAAGAGAGGAAGCUGUUAUAAUGUUUACAUCUAGAAGGAAGGAUAAUGAUACGUGUUCUGUAACUUCUCUUUCAGGCGAAGCCAUUUGAUGGUUGGUAUUGCUUAUUAUCUAUUAUAUGCUGGUGUAUUUGGAACAAAAUAGUGUUUACGGUCAUGUUUGAGAGCUUCUUAUGUAUUUUACUAUGCCUAUGCAUACAUGUAUUCAUAGGAUAAAUGUAGACAUAAAAUAAAUUUGGGUUCGCAUUGCUUCA